AUGUUAACGACGGGACUCAUUUUGACCCCUCCAGCGGUGGGCAGUGCCAUCCUGGUGAACUGCUCUGAGCCGAACCAACCCGCCUUGCUGGACGCUCUGCGUCAAAUCUUCAACCUGAGCUCCAUACGACCCGUCAUGAACAUGACAACCUGCACCAACGUCUACACGUACUUCACCAUGUAUGGGAUACUCGGGGUGGAAGAAAAGGCUCAACUCCUGGUUACUUACCUUUGGCUAACUUCUUGGUGGAUGAACGAGCUUGUCAGCUGGGACCCGAUCCAAUGUGGCACUGACUCCAUUUCUCUUCCCAGAAACCUGUUUUGGACGCCAGAUAUUGUCAUCAACGAAUUCAUGGAUGAAAACACAGCCCCCUUUGUCCCAUAUGUGUACCUGUAUAGCGAUGGUAGAGUGAACGAUGCUCAACCAGUCAGAGUUGUCAGCUCUUGUAACCUUGACAUCUACACCUUCCCCUUCGAUAUUCAGAACUGCUCUCUGACUUUUAACUCCUACAUGCACCUUGCCACGGACAUAAAGAUUUUCACCGGGAGGGAUGCAGAGACGAUAACAGCGUUUUCCAAGGAGGUGAUGACCACCAUGGGGGAAUGGGAGCUGCUGGAAAUCACCUCAAAUAAAAUCAACAAGGACAAUUCCGAUGAUUUCAUUGAUGAACUUAUGUUUCAUGUGCGAAUUAGACGCCGUGCCACCCUGUAUGUGGUGAACCUCCUGAUCCCCAGCUGCUUCCUCAUCACCGUGGACCUCUUCAGCUUCCUGCUGCCUCCUCAGAACGUGGACCGCUCCUCCUUCAAGAUGACCCUCAUCCUGGGCUACACCGUCUUCCUGCUCAUCAUGAACGACCUGCUGCCCAUCACUGGGAACACCAUACCGCUCAUAAAUGUGUUCUUCUCUAUCUGCCUGGCUCUGAUGGUGGCCAGUCUGCUGGAGACCAUCUUCAUCACCAACCUGCUGUGUGGCUCAGCUGACUUCUCUCCUGUCCCUCGCUGGAUCCAUGUGCUUGUUCUGCAAAUUCUGGGCCGUCUCGUUUGCCUGCGUCAGAGGACUAAAGAACCAAGCGAUUCAGAAAUGAAACCAAACGCCACGGUGGCACAGCAAAAACCUGAUGAUGAGCUUUCAGAGGAGAUUGGGACAGUGGUGGGGGGCGGGGCCCUUCAGGAGCUGAGGAGCCUGGGUAAGAACCUGCAGGCCAUCCGCCUGCAGGUGGAGCAGCAGCUGCGUGGAAGCAAAGGCCAGGAGGACUGGAUCCAGGUGGGUUUCAUCAUAGACCGCCUGCUGUUCGGCCUCUACAUCCUCUUCAUAUCAGUCAGCUUCAUUACCAUCAUCAUUAUCUGGGCAAACUCAUACAGUCAGUAG